AUGGCACCAUUGACGACCUCUCGAGCACAAGCGAUACCACCACAGGCUUCCAAGACGUUGCGCCACUUCUUGCAUCCCCAUCACCCUCUCCAUGAGGUCUACGUCGCCAAGGAGUUCGAGUGCGAUGGCUGCAACGCCCUCGGCCAUGGAAAGCGAUACCGUUGCUCCGCCUGCACCUUCGACCUCCACGAACGCUGUGCCACGUGCCCCCAGAUGCUCUCCUCCCACCUCCACCCGGCCCACCCGCUCGCCCUCGUCAACCAGUCCCUCGGCAUGGUCUGCGACCUCUGUGGCGAUACCGUUAAUGGCCUGUACUGCACGUGCAGGGCGUGCAGGUUCGACGUCCACCCGCUACGCACGGAGCUGCCAGCGUCGGUGGCGCACGCCGCGCACCCCCACCACCUCCUCACACUCAGGCCUGCGGAGCCACGGAAUUGCGCGGUCUGUCGGCACGUGUGCGGUUCCUGGCGGUACACCUGCGAGCCGUGCCACGUCGACCUCCAUCUGGAGUGCGCGUUCCAAGAGCCAGUGGCAGGUCGCCAGUUCGUAACUGCUCCAGUGUCUACGUAUCAUCACAAGCAGCAUGGUUACGUCGUGGGAGUUCCUUCUGCUUCUCCUUCUUACUGUUACCAAUAUCAACCGGUCAUCUAUCAAACCAUCUAUAAUGCCAUGCCAAUCAACGGCGGAGCGUCAAUGUCCACGAGCGGAAGCGACAACCGGAAGAGGAUUUACUCGAUCCUGGCCACAAUCGCAGCGAAGGUUGUUAUUGGCUCCAUUACUGGGGGUUUCUCCUGCUAA